GGAGGUUUAUGCUCCCAAACCUAAACCUCAAUUCUCUCUCCGACCAGCAGGGUGGGGCGAAAAAAAUGAUUACCGGCGGUAGGAGCUUCGUCUCGUCGCCGCCGGCGUUCUCGAAUGACGCCAAGAGACUGCUUGUCUGCACCGGAAACACGGUUUCUGUUUUCAGCACCGCCACCGGUUUGCAGACUUGUGAACUGGAAGGUCAUGAGGCGGAGGUGACAUCGGUGAUAGUUGUUCCUGCUUCCACUCCGGCGAGCAAAGUCUUGUGCUAUUGCUGGACGGCUUCUCUUGAUGGAAAAGUCAAGUACUGGGAUUUUUCGUGUCCUGAAUUGAUGAAGACUAUUGACGUCCGGUUGCCUAUUCGCUCUAUGGUUAUUCCAGGUUUUUUGAGACAGACAUCUGAACCCAGUGGAAAGCUUCCUGAUCUUCUCGCUUAUGUCUGUACUGAGGACAGAACGAAAGAGCAACCAAAUGCUGUAUGGAUGCAGAUUCAGAAGUGUAAUCUGACAAAGUCACGCCUAAACCCUGGAAAUACUUUGGCCAAGAGUCGGGGACUGAGCAACAUAAUGAUUAGUCCCUCGGGAAAAUGCAUUGGAAUAUACCAGAAGCGAAAGCUGCGCAUAUGGGAAAGUCCAGAGAAAGAUUCUGAACAUGCUGGUUUAAAAAAACUCAGUUUGCAUCAUACAAAAUCAUUUACUGCUAUGGCUUUUCAUCCAACUGAAAGGACGGUAGCAGCAGGCGAUGAUAGCGGGAGGAUCUUAAUAUGGAGAGGUGUUGGUCGUCGAACAUUUUCUGAUAGCAAUAAGUUAAACAAUGAUGAUUUGAAUAUGGAAGACGAGGACAGACCCGGAGUACGGGAUGACGAUGAUGCAGAUUCUUGCACUACAUGGCACUGGCAUUCUGCACAAGUAAAUGUUCUCUUCUUCUCCUCAGAUGGUGCCUACUUGUACUCAGGUGGGAAAGAAGGUGUCCUAGUUGUUUGGCAGUUGGACACUGGAAAGAAAAAAUUUCUUCCACGGAUUGGAUCUCCACUCCUGUAUUUCACCAGUUCUCCUGACCCUUCAUUGUCAUGUAUCUCCUGUGCAGAUAAUCAAAUUCAUUUGCUCAGAAUGCCUUCAAUGGAGAGUCUAAGGUCCAUUUCUGGGAUCAAGCUCCCAAGCUCCCAGAUGGAAAUAUGCAAAGGACUUGGUAAAGGAGUUGUAUUCAACCAUGCUGCUGGCUUGGUUGCAGUACCAACUGAGAAUUACCGUGUUCAGUUUUAUAGUUUAUUGGAUGAUCGUGAGAUUUCAGAGAUUCAAAUAUAUGAGAGAAAUCAUCACCCGGGGGAUGAAAUCACGGUGAAAGUGAAUUUGGUAUCAAUCUCCCCAGAUGGUUCCACCAUGAGCACUGUUGAAACCAGACUCGCUGAAGAAGGAAUUGGAGGCCUGGUGACUCUAAAGUUCUGGGAAUGUGACUAUCAGAGCAAACAAUGUAGUUUGUCUACUGUCAUAUAUGAACCACACAGGGAAGCUGAGAUCUCCUCGGUAGCUUUCCGUCCAACUAGUCACAUGGCUGUGACUUCCUCCUAUGGUGGCGACUUUAAGGUGUGGGUUAAAAGAACCGAGACAGCUCCAAAUGAUCAGACAAGGAAGAAAACGGCCUGGACAUGCCAUGCUGUUGGAUCAUACAAGAAGAAGCCUAUGACUGCUGCUGCAUUUUCUGGCGAUGGCACUGUUCUAGCUGUUGCUGCUGAAAUCGUUAUUACUCUGUGGGAUCCAGACAGGAAUACUAUGCUAGGCGUACUUGGAGAUAGUAUUGAGCGAAUUACAGCUCUAUCUUUUGUUGGGAAGUCACAGUAUCUCGUGUCUGCAGCACGAGGUUCAAAUCCACGGUUGAUAGUAUGGUGUUUGUCAAGUCUUUGUGUGUCUUGGUCCUACAGGAUGGAUGCUGAGGCCAUUGCCUGUUCGGUGGACAAUUCCACCUUCGCUGUUCUUGUUCCCACAAGGAUGCCUAAGCAGAAAGAUCCGCCUGAGGCUAAAUGUAAGCAGCAGCCAUCCGAAUCCACAAACACAGAAGGGUUGAUCUUACUGUUCAACGUAGAGAAUCCAGUGCCCUUGUCGACAUGGUUUGUUAACAAGGCCAAGGGUGGACGGCUUUCUUUCCUUAGCUCGAGUCCUAAUACAAAUGUUGAUAUUGAGGAAGCAAAAGAAGCCGAUGAAAUACUUGCUUACGUAAAUGGAGCUCAUGAAUUUGUUCUCUUCGAUCCGAGGGGCAAGCAGGAAAGUAAUAUCAGCCUUCCUCGUAGGAAAUACGUGAAUGCUGAGGAAACAGAAAGAGUUGGCUAUGCAUCUAUCUACGGAGAAUUGCCAGAAUUCAGCUUGAAAAGAGACGCGACUCCGUUCCAAACAAUGCCAUCUGACAAAACAUGGAAAACGAUAUUCAGCGGACCUUCCCACAGCCUUCCUCCUCUCACCAAGUUGUUGUCAGACUUCCUUGAAUCGACGCUGGAGAAGAGGACUACUGCAGUGGAAUGAGCCGUCGUUGUUCAUGCCUCUUGGUCGAGUUUAUAUUCUUCCUGGGCGCAAUUUUGCACGGUAUGAAUACGACCAGCCAUUCGCAGUCAGGUAAUGAAGUUUACGAUGUUUGGCGGAGAUGGAUGGAUUCUACAUGUGUUGCUACAGCCAUUUUUCUUCAAGGUAUGCUCAUGGCUUGCUGUUUACUGUGAUAAUUUAAGUUUAUGUUGUAGUUAGACAGUUGUGAAAUGGUUGGUUAGACGAUGAGGAGAUGCCUCGUUGUUUUUUAUCUUUUUAUAUAAUUAAUUAAAUAUCUAGUGAUUUUGUCACGGGGAGUUUUGUCUUUUUUAUUAUUAUUAUUGUGAUGAGUAUUGUUAUA